AAGUGGGUUUCUAAGUCGAUCAUAAUUAUGAUCACAAUGUAUUCUUGGAGUUCAACUCCAUUUAGGAUAUUUCUCUAUGCACUACUUGUUCUGUCUGCUUAUUCACAGAUUGCGUCUGGACAGUGCAUGGUAGGACAGGUUUAUGGCCAAUACAAAUCACCAUCCAAUGUGGAAGAUUGUGGCUGGUGUGCAAACCAAUGUGAGAGUAUAUGUUCUAAGAUUGGCAGAUCUGUUGCUCAAGAUGUCUGUGAGAUUAAAUUCUCUGGUUUAUUUAUAAAAAGUCCUUAUGUGGAUUGCAAAUGUUGUUGUCAAGCCCCUCCGGAGACAGUUUUAAAAACAUCCACACAACUACCAUCACUUCGUCCUAAAGCUACAUUACCCUCGCUGCCAAUUUCAUCACCGCGUCUGAAAACUAAUGCGAUUGAUUUCUGUAGAGCUGAAGACUUUGGCUUCGAGGUUUCACUUUAUAACGAUGCAACAUGCAACACGUGUGUUGAGGAGUGCAAGAGUGGAUGUAUAGAAAAGGGACUCCACAUGAGAAAACAAGCAUGUACGAUUGAGCAAACUCGGUCGGCUUCAAUCAUAUGCGAGUGUUGUUGUAUUGGCGGUAGGCCACAGAUAUCACCACCUCCACCUUCCAUAUCACCACCAAUGCCAUCACCACCACCCCCUUCUCCACCAUCACCUCCUCCACCUUCGCCCUCUCCGCCACCACCUCCACCUGCACCCUCCCCUCCGCCUCCAUCUCCACCUCCCCCUCCACCUUCACCCUCCCCUCCGCCUCCAUCUCCACCGCCCCCUCCACCUUCACCCUCCCCUCCAUAUCCACCACCACCACCACCAUCUCCACCGCCCCCUCCACCUUCACCCUCCCCUCCACCACCAUAUACAUCACCACCACCGCCUCCAUCUCCAUCACCUCCUCCACCUUCACCUUCGCCCCCGCCUCCAUCACCAUCACCACCACCACCCUCGCCCACACCUUCAUCUCCUCCACCACCUUUGCCUAUAUGCAAGGCUGGUGAUAUAUAUACCGAGCUUCGGCAAUUUGAUACAAGUGAUUGCCAGCUCUGUGAAGAUGAUUGUAUAACUGAAUGUGUAUCAAUGGGUAGUAGUUUAACGAAACAAAUAUGCGAGCAGGAAACUGAUUCACUAUUGUGCAAAUGUUGUUGUGCAGGCACGCCACCACCCUCAUAUCCAUCACCACCUCCACCUUUACCAUCGUCGCCACCCCCAUCACCGCCAUCACCUUCUCUCUCACCUCCAUUCCCAUCACCACCACCUUCACCCACAUCCCCGUCUCCUCCACCUCAAUCUAUAUGCAAGCCUGGUGAUAUAUACUCUGAACUUCGACAAUUCGACACCAGUGAUUGCCAGCUUUGUGAAGAUGAUUGUCAAUCUGAAUGUGUAUCUAUCGGUAGUACGUUAACUAAACAAGUAUGUGAGCAAGAAACUGAUUCUCUAUUGUGCAAAUGUUGUUGUGCAGGCACACCACCACCAUCAUCUCCAUCAUCACCUCCACCUUCACCAUCGCCCCAACCCCCAUCCCCGCCAUCACCUUCGCUCUCACCUCCAUUCCCAUCACCACCACCGUCACCUACAUCCCCGUCUACUCCACCUUCACCAUCGUCGCCACCCCCAUCGCCGCUAUCACCUUCUCUCUCACCUCCAUUCCGAUCACCACCACCCUCACCCACAUCCCCGUCUCCUCCAUCUCAAUCUAUAUGCAAACCUGGGGAUAUAUACUCCGAGCUUCGACAAUUCGACACCAGUGAUUGCCAUCUCUGUGAAGAUGAUUGUCAAUCUGAAUGUGUAUCAAUGGGUAGUACGUUAACAAAACAAGUAUGUGAGCAAGAAACUGAUUCUCUAUUGUGCAAAUGUUGUUGUGCAGGCACAUCGCCACCCUCAUCUCCAUCACCACCUCCACCUUCACCAUCUCCCCAACCCCCAUCCCCACCAUCACCUUCACUCUCACCUCCAUUUCCAUCACCACCACCCUCACCCACAUCCCCGUCUCCUCCACCUCAAUCUAUAUGCAAGCCUGGUGAUAUAUACUCCGAGCUUCGACAAUUCGACACCAGUGAUUGCCAGCUUUGUGAAGAUGAUUGUCAAUCUGAAUGUGUAUCAAUGGGUAGUACGUUAACAAAACAAGUAUGUGAGCAAGAAACUGAUUCUCUAUUGUGCAAAUGUUGUUGUGCAGGCACACCACCACCAUCAUCUCCAUCACCACCUCCACCUUCACCAUCGCCCCAACCCCCAUCCCCGCCAUCACCUUCGCUCUCACCUCCAUUCCCAUCACCACCACCGUCACCUACAUCCCCGUCUACUCCACCUUCACCAUCUCCCCAACCCCCAUCCCCACAAUCACCUUCACUCUCACCUCCAUUGCCAUCACCACCACCCUCACCCACAUCCCCGUCUCCUCCACCUCAAUCUAUAUGCAAGCCUGGUGAUGUAUACUCCGAGCUUCGACAAUUCGACACCAGUGAUUGCCAUCUCUGUGAAGAUGAUUGUCAAUCUGAAUGUGUAUCAAUGGGUAGUACGUUAACUAAGCAAGUAUGUGAGCAAGAAACUGAUUCUCUAUUGUGCAAAUGUUGUUGUGAAGGCACAUCGCCACCCUCAUCUCCAUCACCACCUCCACCUUCACCAUCUCCCCAACCCCCAUCCCCACCAUCACCUUCACUCUCACCUCCAUUGCCAUCACCACCACCCUCACCCACAUCCCCGUCUCCUCCACCUCAAUCUAUAUGCAAGCCUGGUGAUAUAUACUCCGAGCUUCGACAGUUCGACACCAGUGAUUGCCAGCUUUGUGAAGAUGAUUGUCAAUCUGAAUGUGUAUCAAUGGGUAGUACGUUAACUAAACAAGUAUGUGAGAAAGAAACAGAUUCGCUAUUGUGCAAAUGUUGUUGUGCAGGCACAUCGCCACCGUCAUCUCCAUCACCACCUCCACCUUCACCAUCUCCUCAACCCCCAUCCCCGCCAUCACCUUCGCUCUCACCUCCAUUUCCAUCACCACCACCCUCACCCACAUCCCCGUCUCCUCCACCUCAAUCUAUAUGCAACCAUGGUGAUAUAUACUCUGAGCUUCGACAAUUCGACACCAGUGAUUGCCAGCUUUGUGAAGAUGAUUGUCAAUCUGAAUGUGUAUCAAUGGGUAGUACGUUAACAAAACAAGUAUGUGAGCAAGAAACUGAUUCUCUAUUGUGCAAAUGUUGUUGUGCAGGCACAUCGCCACCCUCAUCUCCAUCACCACCUCCACCUUCACCAUCUCCCCAACCCCCAUCCCCGCCAUCACCUUCACUCUCACCUCCAUUCCCAUCACCAUCACCCUCACCCACACCCCCAUCUCCUCCACCUCAAUCUAUAUGCAAGCUUGGUGAUAUAUACUCCGAGCUUCGGCAAUUCGACACCAGUGAUUGCCAACUUUGUGAAGAUGAUUGUCAAGCUGAAUGUGUAUCAAUGGGUAGUACGUUAACUAAACAAGUAUGUGAACAAGAAACAGAUUCGCUAUUGUGCAAAUGUUGUUGUGCAGGCACACCACCACCCUCAUCUCCAUCACCACCUCCACCAUCACCAUCCCCCCGGCCGCCAUCCCCUCCAUCACCUUCGCUCUCACCUCCAUUCCCAACACCAUCACCACCACCCUCACCCACACCCGCAUCUCCUCCACCUCAAUCUAUAUGCAGGCCUGGUGAUAUUUAUUCAGAGCUUCGACAAUUCGACACCGAUGAUUGCCAGCUUUGUGAAGAGGAUUGUCAGUCUGAAUGUGUAUCAAUGGGUAGUACCUUAACCAAACAAGUAUGCGAGCAGGAAACUGAUUCGUUAUUAUGUAAAUGUUGCUGUGCAGGCAUCUCACCUCCUCCAUCUCCAUCACCUCCAUCCCCGUCAAGACCUCCAGCUUCAUCCCCUCCACCUCCAUCACCCUUGCCCCCUUCUCCAUCACCACCCUCACCUUCCCCAUCACCUCCAUCACCACCACCACCACCUCCAAUAUGCCCUGAACCUUGUUGUCCAGCAGAGAUUGAAGUCCCAGUACCAGGUCAAGAACCAUGUAGGUAUGGACUAUUACCACGAGCACCAAUGCCGUCACUUCCACAGGCUCCUGGUUCGUUUUUAUUUGCAGCGAUCUAAUGAUGAAUUAUUAGGUCGAUUUAUUGGGUUUAUCAUCUUGUUUUUAGAUAGCUGCUGAUGGAUUAAGUAAAAAGCCAAUGUAGUUUAGUUUCAAGUGACAUUGGUUCAAGUUAUAAUUAUAAGCAAUUAGUAGCUUUUACUUCCUUUGUAGGUUGUUUUUCUGUAGUAGUACCUACGCGGGUACGGGCAUUAUGUACCUUUGGCGAGUUUUUGAUGAAAUAAAAUGUUCUCUUCU